AUGCCCUCUCUCAAUAUUCCCCAAUUGCCGUAUUUCGUUCCCGAGAAGCAACUACCUGCUCCUCUCCCUGACCCCGAAUCCCUUCGAGAAGAUCAAUAUCCACUCGAUAUUCUAAGAGGGGUUCGUAUCGGUAAUCAUUACGUAGCCAGGUAUGGACUCGACCCAGUCGCCGGCCCUCUCGAGGCCAUAAACAUGCUCAUUGUAAGUAAAUAUACCAAGGUCCCUAUCCCGACUUUAUACGCGGCCUACUGGCACGAGCACCAUGGCAUCCGGAGCUUUGUUAUGGUCACGGAGUACGUUCCUGGACACACCAUCAGGGAACACGCCGGCAACGAUAUGGAUCGCCUAAAACCGAUGGUCCCUUCCAUCACCGAGCAGCUUCGACGCGCUCUCUCCCAGCUGCGGCGCAUCCCGCACGCCGGCUUCUACGGCCCCGUAGGUGACGAUCCGGCGCUGCGUUCUAAACAGUUCAGGUCUGCGACCGAGAUGCGGAAGGCGCGUUUCGAUGAAUACGUACCGGAGUAUCGUGGUGAACCUGACGAUCUAUCGACGCGAUACAUGAAGAAGCGGGCGGCCGCAAAAAAGCAGUUCUGCAUGGGCUUGUCUACUGGUGACGCGCCGGUCUUCACCCACGGCAGGCUGGACAUGUGGGCGAUCAAGGUGCGGCCGAACGGCAACAUUUGCAUUACUAGGUGGGGUUCUGCUGGGUUCUAUCCGCCAGAGUUUGAGUAUAUGCGAGCCGAGAGUAUGGGCGAGGGUUGUGAGGCAUGGAAAGACAUCCUGGCUGCUUUCCCCGAAAACGCUUCCGACGAGCGAUACGACUUGAUCGAGAAUAUAUUCCAUGAGUAUGAGGAUAUGUUGGAGACUAAGCAUGAGCUUCUGUUGGAAGAGUUUGGUAAAACGGGGGUGUCUUGUUAA